AUGGAUGGUGGUGGUAUAUUCGAAAGGCCGGUUACGCAAGACUUUCUGGGGUAUGAUUUGGAGCAGCCUGAAUACACGCAAAGGGCACACACUCUACCAGCAAAUAGCUCCGGCGUUCGUCAACUGGUAAUCAAGAAACAAAAUGGCCGUGUGAUUGCCGCGAGAAGUCGGCUGGUGGAUCGCAUGGAGGAUGCUUUAGUGCGCUGGCGUCCCCCUGCAUCAUGCCAUAAUGGUUCAACGGCAGCGAUAGAAGGCAAGCAUCCUUACCAGCUUGAAAUAAAUUCGAAUUCACUAUGCGAUGAGCACGGUUUGAGCUCAAUGAAAACUAUCCGACAACGUUUCGAAAGUUUGAGUAAUGCAGUGAUAAAAUCUAGAGGCAACGAAGCUGAUCAAGCUAGUAAGCGUAAUUCUGGGAGCGUUUUGCAGUCGAUAAAUUUAGAAGAUUCUGAAAAUACUUCGCAUUCUUCCUCAGCAAGUGGCUUGCUGCAGGAAAUUCGAGAAAGUUUACAGAGUCCGGCAGCCCUUAGAAGCACUCCGACCGCGGUUUUAUGUGAGACUGUCCCAGAAGAACGUCCAGUGGAUCCCAUAUCCUACAGUUUUCCUAUUCCUACCUUUUACCUGCCAGCUCAGGAUGUCAGACCGGUGGGAGAAUCUACUAGAGAUUUAGAUGACGAGAACGAAACUGGGGGCUACUGGACACAGUUACGCCAAUUUUGGGGGGAGCUUUGCCGUGACCUUAAAGCAAUGUGUAUAUAUGGCUGA